GGAGGCUGGAUGAUUACUCGCGUAGCCCUCGCUAUGAGGCCGAUCGGGGUAGAGGUGACUCUCGAGGCCGGUGGGAGUCAGAUCAGGGCCGACGAGAUGGAUACAGGGACAACAGAUAUGAGAGAUGAGACCGGGAUGGAUAUAGGGACGGAAGAUAUGAGAGAACGGAUCGAGAUGGAUACAAAGGUGGCGGAUAUGAGACGGGAGAUCGAGACGGGGACCGACGAGAUGACUCGAGCGGACGGUAUGACCGCAGGGGAUACGCGAGAGAGCAGCGCGACGAUUCGCGGGGCCAGGGGUUCGAUCUCUAGGAGCGCAGACGACAGGCCAUCUACUCCCAGGAACUCAUGCGUCUACUGUAGAGGAGAUGAUCACAUCAAGAGAGACUGCCCGAAUCUCAAGCGAGCAAUAGAUGAGGGGCUUGUCGUGCUUGAUGACCGCAAGUACGUCAAGUGGGCAGACGAUCUGGGAGACGUAUCAAUGUUCCUCUCGAUGAAGGAGAAUGUAGAAGCAAGGAGAGAAAGGCCGAGUAAAGGAAAGGAGCCGGUUAGGAGCCAGAGCAUCAAAAUAACUUUCAAAGGAGAUAUGGCAACCGCACCCAUAAGGGUAACAGCUACCAAGUCGGUGAGAGGGUCUACAUCGAAAAAGACUGAUACGGAUUACGUGAUGGCGGAAAAGGAUGGACAACAGAUCGAUGGAGAGGAGGUUAUUCUUUCACCGCGAAAGCGGGAAGUGAAGAAGUUCUUGAUGAAGAGUUUGCUGGACGAGAUUGACAUAGUUGAGCCACUGAGGCGAGCCCUUCGACAGCCCAUGCAAUGCUCUAUUCUGGAGUACCUGGCGGCAUCGAAGCCAGCUCGCGAUGAGUUACAGAUGAUCACGCGGAAGACUCGCAUACCUCUAUCAGAGGAGGCUCAGGGGACCCCUAAGGCGGAUGCUCCUACUGUAGCAGUAACGGGGGUGACUGCUAGAGCGGAUCGCAUGGCGACAGUCCUUGAUGGGAUGGAAGGUGUCCCUCCAGACAAGUUUUACAUAUUUCGUAGUGGGGCUGUGGAGGCGAUCAUAAAUGAUGGAGCGGUACUAGAUGCUGUGAUCGAUAAUGGCAGUGAGGUUGUCAUUAUAGACAAGGAUCUGGCAGUGCAGGUUGGACUGGGCCUCGAUAGGUCAUACCUAUUCGAGAUAGAAACAGCUGAUGGGAGAAAGCAACAGAUCACCAGGGUUUGUCACAAGGCAACCAUAGAGGUCCAAGGGGUACGAGUGACCCUGCCUGUCUUUGCAGUCAAGAACUGCAGCUCCGAUCUGCUCUUGGGAUGAGCGUGGUUGAGCCACGUGCAUGCGGUGACGACAGAGUGACCGGACGGGAGCCAGACAUUGUCUAUAAAGAAGCUAGA